CUUUUCCCUCCCUUGCUCCGCUUUUCUGCGGUAAGUUUGUCCGUCUCGCUUUGCCGGCCCCUCGCUUUGUUGUCACCCACGACUGUUUUACGACCCAUUGAAUGGCAUGAGGUUGGAUCGAAGGAUCAAAAGCUGAACCUGCGUUAUCGACUCGAAAGGCGCAAGUCUGCGGCACAUUGUAGCGCUCUACUCGGAGACAACGAGCGUGUCCUCCCUUUCUAUAUUUCAAGAUGAAAUUUUUACUUCUGAAUACUUCCCUCCACCUCUUCUUCUUCUUCUUCUUUUUCUUCUUGUUCUUGCAAUCGGGCUUUAAAAAACCUAUUUCGUUCUCCGUCUCGAGACCUUAAGGACCACAUAAAGUGCAAAGCUAGACCACAUUCCGUGAGCUGUGGCCUUUUUCUUGUUUUAUACGAGUUUCUUUUGUAAAGAUAAAAUUUGUUUGAAUUACUUAGCUAACGCAAGAAUUGAUGGGGAGGUGCACAUUCCUGCAUCUCCUCUCGUCGAUGCUUUCUUCGCGAGAGAGAAAGCAUGCCUCACAUGGACGUUCGCACUUUACAUCGUUCCUCUUCGUUGCACUCCAGCCUCGAAACUUUCAUCACUUGUUCGUGAUCGUCCAAGUACUUAUCCUACUCGAAGACCAUACACCAUGAUCUUGCAUUGCUGACGAUCGGAAACCCUUUGGGACGCGUAGUAAUCUAGAAAUCUCUCUCACUAUAUUGUCAUGUGCACGACACUUCGCACCCAACCCUUUACCGAGUUUGCGAAUGACACAGGCCAUGGUUGUUUCUGGGAGAGUCCAGAAAACUUUUCGAGACUAUUUUAAAGGCCAUGAAGAUGCAGAUCAUGUAUCAACUUGCGAAAAGAAGAAGGCCCAAGAACCCGGCAAAAUAAUGCAGGCGAAGCGGACGAUGAAAAGCAGAUACUGAAUACUGAACGGAUAAAAGGAGGAUGGGUCACAUCACUGUUUGGAUACAAGGUAUACCAUAUAGGCCUGAAAAGACAGCUACCAUAUCCAACCCCGUACUGUGUGAAAUUGGUGGACAAGGAGUAAAGAUUCUGCACAACAUAUGUUCCGAAGUGAGGCAAGCACGAUUGGAGAAGAGAUGCAAAGGCGCGAGUCAGGAAUAUAAUAUCUUGGAACACAGUGUUCAGUGUCGGACUGAGGAAGGUCAUGUAACUCCGUACGGCCAUAAGUACUCGCCAACUUCUGAGAGCAAUCUCCGAUAGUUUCAACAAGUACAGGUAUAUAUCACACAUAUAACCCAGAGGAAAAGAGUACAAAUUCGUAUAGACAAGACAACUCUGGGAGUCUGGGUACUGGAGGUAAAACCCAGCGACAAACGGAUGACGGGGAGAAGCUGGUGCAGGAAAAGACAACGGCGCAGGACACAUGAAUGCACGAAACGACUUCUACUCCGUUCCCUGCGUUCUAGUAUGUUCCACGACACGUGUCCUUCCAAAUCUUGCUGCGAGCUUGGCCCGAAGGAAAGAAGAACAAGUUGAGUUCAUGCUCGGAGGAAGUCAGAGGAGCAGAAGAGGAUCGCAUGGAAGUCGCGACUUUGCUCGCCUGAAACUGUGGACUCUUCCAAAGUUCCCAGAGUCGGGGGGAUCCAGAGAUUCCAUUCCUCGCAGGAUAACGCGCGUGUUGGAGGACGACCGAACAGUCACGCGGUGUGACCUCCGGGCCCCCAUGCUCUGUCUAGUUCAGUCGCUGCUUCUUUCCCGGAUUUCCGUUACCCUGAAGGCGGUCCGACUGAUAACUUGGUCUUGGCUUAAAUUAGACUUGAGAAAUACGAGGAUCCCCGUCUCGCUAAAGCCAAGUCUUGUCUUGUACAGCCUGUCUUUUUCUCCAGUAGUAAAUGAGUUUGUCCACUGGAUGCAGAGGAGGACCCUUUCAUGUCGAGUUUUCUCAUCCGAGCGGGUCGUGCAAGGCCACGUGCUAAUCAUGAACUGGCUCAAGUCUUGCUCGCACAUCGCUCGCGAUUAGCAACUUAUAUUGCCCGAUUCGUCGAUCGUUCUGACAAUGGACCGUUCAAUUCUCCGCUUUGCUAAAAGGGUGGAGACUCAAAUUUUCUCUUCCUUUUCGCAAGCAAUAGUCCGCCGACGCUGUAACGAUUUUCGCAGUCCAUGCGUCUCCCUUUUCAGUUUCACCGACAAAGUGUUAUGGCCC